GGCCCUCGCGUCCCACCUCGCACCUCCGCCCCGCCCGGGACCUCCGCCGCUGGCCCCGCCCCCGCCGCCGCCGCUCCUGUGCCCGGUGCGUGAGUGCGUGUGUGCGCGCGGAGUCCGGGGCUCGCUCAACGCUGCGCCGGCGUCGGUGGGAGUGCGGCCCGAGGCCUGGCCUGUGCAGCCGCGCCUCCGCCUCCGCUCGAGGCAGGAAGCGGGAGCCGGCGCUCGAGACGAUGGAAGAGGAGAAGCGAGCGGCGCCGGCCGCUGGGCUGUUUGCCGACGGCCACCUGGUGCUGUGGACGCUGUGCUCGGUGCUGCUGCCCGUGUUCAUCACGUUCUGGUGCAGCCUGCAGCGCUCGCGCCGGCAGCUGCACCGCAGGGACAUCUUCCGCCGGAGCCAGCACGGCUGGCGCGACACGGAUCUGUUCAGCCAGCCCACCUACUGCUGCGUGUGCGCGCAGCACAUCCUGCAGGGCGCCUUCUGCGACUGCUGCGGCCUGCGCGUGGACGAGGGCUGCCUCAAGAAGGCCGAGCAGCGCUUCCAGUGCAAGGAGAUCAUGCUCAAGAGCGACGGCGGCGGCGCCCGGGAGCCCAUGGCCCACCACUGGAUCCGGGGCAACGUGCCCCUCUGCAGCUCCUGCGUGGUGUGCAGGCAGCAGUGCGGCAGUCAGCCCAAGCUCUGUGAUUACAGGUGCAUUUGGUGUCAAAAAACUGUUCAUGAUGAGUGCAUGACAAAUAGCUUGAAGAAUGAGAAGUGUGAUUUUGGGGAAUUCAGAAACCUCAUCAUUCCUCCAAGUUACUUGACCUCUAUUAAUCAGAUGCGUAAAGACAAAAAAACAGAUUAUGCAGAGCUAUCCUCUAAACUUGGAAAGGAAUGGACACCAUUAAUAAUCCUGGCCAACUCUCGCAGUGGAACCAACAUGGGAGAAGGACUGUUGGGAGAAUUUAGGAUCCUCCUAAAUCCAGUGCAGGUGUUUGAUGUCACUAAGACUCCUCCUUCGAAAGCCCUGCAGCUUUGUACUCUGCUUCCCUAUCACUCUGCUCGAGUGCUUGUCUGUGGCGGGGACGGUACGGUGGGCUGGGUCCUGGAUGCAGUUGAUGAAAUGAAGAUUAAGGGACAAGAAAAAUACAUUCCACAAGUUGCCGUCCUGCCUCUGGGGACGGGCAAUGAUCUGUCCAAUACUCUGGGCUGGGGGACAGGUUACGCUGGAGAAAUCCCAGUCGCACAAGUUUUAAGAAAUGUGAUGGAUGCCGAUGGAAUAAAACUAGAUAGAUGGAAAGUUCAAAUAACAAAUAAAGGUUACUAUAACUUACGAAAACCCAAGGAAUUCACCAUGAACAACUAUUUUUCUGUUGGACCCGAUGCUCUCAUGGCUCUCAAUUUUCAUGCUCACCGUGAGAAGGCACCGUCUCUGUUUUCUAGCAGAAUUCUUAAUAAGGCUGUUUAUUUAUUCUAUGGAACCAAAGACUGUUUAGUACAAGCAUGUAAAGAUUUGAAUAAAAAAAUUGAGCUAGAGCUGGAUGGUGAGCGCGUGGACCUGCCCAGCCUGGAAGGUAUCAUAGUUCUGAACAUCGGCUACUGGGGCGGCGGCUGCCGGCUGUGGGAAGGAAUGGGAGAUGAGACUUACCCGCUCGCCAGGCACGAUGAUGGUUUGCUGGAAGUGGUUGGAGUCUACGGGUCUUUCCACUGCGCCCAGAUCCAAGUGAAGCUGGCCAACCCCUUCCGAAUAGGGCAGGCCCACACGGUGCGGCUGAUUCUGAAGUGUUCGAUGAUGCCCAUGCAGGUGGAUGGAGAGCCGUGGGCCCAGGGGCCCUGCACUGUCACCAUAACUCACAAGACGCACGCCUUGAUGUUGUAUUUCUCCGGCGAGCAGACAGAUGAUGACAUCUCUAGUAAUUCAGAUCAGGAGGACUUAAAGGAAACUGAGUAAAUGGAUGAGGAGACAAAAACGUGAUGUAGAGUUUCCUCAGACAAGUAAUAAUGCCUCCCCCGACCCCACUGUCGGAGAACUUCUCUAUCUGCUGUAUAGACCUCAAUUCACCAGUAGUGUAAUGGGUAUACAAUAAUAUAAGCAGCAUUUAAAAACAGCCAGACUUCCAGCUGUUUAUAAAUGCCUGCCCUUUUUUCAAAAUGAUUUGAUCAUAUAAUACUUUUAAGAAGUCAUGAUGUAGGGCUGGAGCGAUAGCACAGCGGGUAGGGCGUUUGUCUUGCACGCGGCGACCCGGGUUCGAUUCCCAGCAUCCCAUAUGGUCCCCUGAGCACCGCCAGGAGUAAUUCCUGAGUGCAGAGCCAGGAGGAACCCCUGUGCUUUGCAAAGUCCUGUUGAGGGGCCGGAGAGAUAGUACAGCAGGGAGGGUGCUUGCCUUGCAUGCAACUGGCCAAGGUCCAAUCCCCGGCACCCCAGUGCUCCCCUGAGCCUGCCAGGAUCUCUGAGUGCAGAGCUAGGAGUAAACUCUGAGCACAGGCAGGUGUGCGUCUCCCCCCAAAAAAUAAGUUACGAUUAUAUGUGAAGGUGAAAUGUUUUUCUUAUUUUUAUGUUUGAGGAGUGAGUCACUUUGAACACUUGCUUUCUUUCCCCUCUUUUCUUGAGCUACACAUUUGAUGGACACAUUUUACAUCGUGCUAUUGCAUGUUGGUGGAACAUCUUCUUCAUCUUCAUUUUUAGUCUGGUGGCACCAUAACAUUUUAAAACUCAUCUUGCUUUUUUACUAUUUUUCCCCAAAAAAAAGGUGGUAUGUGGAAACAGCAGAGUUAACACUGGGCACCCUUAUGUAGCCUGUCUCUGAAGAUUUUCUAAAACCUAGCAGUGACCAGGCAGAUACUUAGAUAUCUGUUUCCAGGAAACCUUAACAAGAGAAUUAUAGGGGCCAGCGCUAUAGUACAGCGGGUAAGGCGUUUGCUUUGCAUGUGGCUGACCCGGGUUUGAUCCCUGGCAUCCCACAUGGUCCCCUAAGCACCGCCAGGAGGAAUUUCUCAAUGCAGAGCCAGGAGUAACCCCUGAGCAUUGCUGGGUGUGACCUGAAAGGAAAAAGAGAGAGAGGGAAGGAGAAAGAGAAAUAUUUCUUUUUAAAAGACAGUAGUUAAGAAUUUUUUUUAUCAAAGGAGCAUUUUCAGGGGCCGGAGUGAUGGUACGGCAGGAAAGGAUGCAUGCCUCACAUGCAGCUGACCCAAGUUGGAUCCCCAGCAUCCCAGAUGGUCCCCCAAGGAGUCAGUUCCUGAGCGCAGAGGCAGGAGUAACCCCUGAGCAUCACUGGGUAUGGCCCAAAAACCAGAAUAAUAGUAAUAAAGACAAAGAAGCAUUUUCAAAUCCUCAUAUGUAUUUAGCUUAAUUAUGUUAAUUACUUUGUUGAGCCAGGUUUCAGCACAUUGUUUUAUUGUCUGGCCUAAGUGAAGGAGAACCACUGAGGGUGAGCUGGUGGGCAUCAUUGAGAGCCCCGGGGCUUUGCGCUCAAAACCCUUAGUUCACCCGCAUCUCUUGAUGAAAAGACCAUGUUAGCAAUUAUUUUUAAGUGUACUGAAGAGAAUGUAAUAGAUUAAUUGUGGCCCUGGAAGUUGAGUGACGAUCACUAAGUCUCAGUUCAGUUGAAGUUCCAGGUCUCGGAUCUGAAGUAUCAGCAGAGUUUCAGGGGGCAGGGGGCGCACAGAGUCCUCUGCUGAAACCUUUGUGUCAUAUUUAUUUUUAAAUGAAAGAGUUUUAUAUUUAUUUAUUUCCUUGUGGUAUAUAUCUGUGUUUAGUGUUUACAGUAUGUGGCUUUAUUGAAUGAACUGAUCCCAUAAAUUCUGCGAGUCACAGAAAUGUAGCCUGUUGGCUGCUGCGUAAUUAAAACCCAUAAAGUAAUUUUCCCGCCAGGUCUAUUUUAGUCUCAUUCUUCAGAAACGUUUUUCAGUAUUUUUAAAAGGUGAAAUGACCUUAAAAAGAAAAAUAGGGGGUGGGGAGAAACCGGGUCUGGAGCGAUAGGACAGCAGGUAGGGUGCUUGCCUUACAUUUGGCCUACUGGUGGUCAAUCCCUGGCAACCCAUAUGGUUCCCCUAAACCCCACCAGGAGUGAGCACUGAGCACAGAGCCAGGAGUAAUCCCUGAGCACUGCCAGGUGUGGUCAAAAAAAAAAAAAGAGGAAUUAAAUUGUCAGCAGCCUCAAUCACUUGGAAGUUUUAUUCCUCGCCCAAAAAAGUAUUGAGGUAGUCUCAAGAGUUCCCAUUAGAGGGCGCUCCUCUGCUUGCUAGCCAGUCCUUCCUCAGUGCCUGCAGUUUGCCCCACUGGGUAUCGGGCCUGGGGCUUUCCUCACAGGCGCCCUCCUUGCCAGUUUGGUGGGCUUUCAUGAUAUGAAAUGCUGAAAGAUAGGACUGUAUCACCCAAAAUACCACUAGCUCCCCUGCAGGAUCCUAUGAAUCUACAAUGUACAAAUUUCCAUAAAUUCGAAUUGUCACCCUCAGGCCAUGUUUUGAAGGAACAGCUUGGUGUGGACAGUGGUCAGUGCAUUAUAUGUGUACAUCCUGAUGCAGAAUGCUUCCGUUUGACCGAAAGAUUUUGUGAGCAGAUCUGUUAUUCGUCCACCUUGCACGGAAGGAAGCCUCUUACAGUGGUGGCUUAGUUGUCUAGAUUUUCCUUUUAAAAAGCUGAUCAUGGGGGUUGGAGCGAUAGUACAGCUGGCAGGGCAUUUGCCUUACAUGCAGCCCAGCGACCUGGGUUUGAUCCCCAGUAUCCCUUAUGGUCCCCAAGCAUCUCCAAGAGUAAUUCCUGAGUACAGAGCCAGGCAUAAUCCCUAAGCAUCACUGGGUGUGAUCAAAAAAGCCCAGUUAAAAAAAAUUUUUAAAAAGCUGAUGAUGUUUUUAGUCUGAUGGAUCUUUGUUUAAUUCAUGAUCAAAAUUAUUUCAGAUGCCACAUUUUAUGCACUGUUAAAUUUACUUUGCUUCAGGUUAUGUUUUGUCUGUAAUUUAUAGUGGUAACUUUGAGAUCAAAGUAAAUCAUUAUAUUGGGGUAUCAAUUAAAACAAUCAAAAUAACUAUGCAGUUUUGAUUGUUACAACUGUAACCAUGAUGUUACUUUGGACGUAGAGCAAGUUUGUAUAUAAUACCUUUCAUUUAUUUAAGCAGGUUGGUUUUUAAUUAUCAUAAUCCUGUCUCACCACCCCCACCCCCACCCCUUGCCCUCAUAGUUUUUCCAUUGCCCUAGUCACUCAUUCAGAUUGAAUUUUUAUUUAGGGAAGUUGAGAGCAUCUUACUUAACAGAAUUCAUUUACUUUUUUAAGGCACACUUACUGAAAGUUUCAAAUAAAUGUGUAGACCUGUGCCUUUGCUUCAAGAUUUAUAAAAACAACUUAUAAAGACAUUUUGCAGUUGGUCAUAUUACCAGAGAUUCUCCAUUUUACACACUCACAAAAAAAUCAUAAUUUGCAACAAGGUUUUCCUGUUUCAUUUUGAAUUAUCUUUUUCAAAAAUAAGACUUAAGUUCCUGCAUUCUCAGGAAGAAAAUACAUGAAGUAAAGAAUAUAUCUCUGUUUUCCAAGUUUCGUAUUUUACUGUCUGUACAUCCCUAACUCCUUAAGAACUUGAUGGCUUAAAUUCCUGACUACUGGCAGCUCUUACAGUUCCAAAUAAUACAUGAUGAUAAUUUUAUUGCUCUUUCUACGUGUAAUAGAAAUCAGACUGACUUGUGUUUUAAAAUGCAGGUUGUCUAGUGAGAUUACAUGAUGCCAAGAUGUGUUCUUGAUUUUCUGCAGCAGUUAGCUGUGAACUUUUCAGAUAGCUAAUGUUUAUAAAAAUUUUAUAGUCCAAAGUAUUUAUUUUUUAUUUUUUUAGGGUGUGAAAAACAUGUGCAGUGUUUGCUUUCUAAAGUACAUUUGCUUAUUUAAAGUUGUGAACUGUGCUGUGACUCAACAAUAUUAGUCUUUCUUGCUCUGUAAUUAUACUGAACUAGCAUGUGAAAAAAAAAUAGUUUGCAUUUGUAACAUAAAGUCAUACUGUAUUUAUGGACAUUAUGAAAAUUUAAAUUUGCACUAUCUAGAAAAAUUUAAAGGUAACAUUAAUUUACAGGUUUAUGUGGAUCCAAACACCUGGUUUAUACCUGUUCGCCUGAAAAAGUCAAUGGAAUGAGUGAUGGUUUCUCUAAAAUAUAUUGAAGCAAGAACCAGCACUUUAUAUAGAGAACUUUUUUUAAUUUGACCUGAUUUUGAAAAAUGGAAUGUAGAUAGAUUUUUUUAAAAUCUUGACAUUUUAAAUGGGGGGGAGGGUGUGUGGAGGUGGUGUUAUCUAGCCCAAGACAAAUGGUGUGUUUUCUGCAGCAAGAUGGAUGUUUUGGUUGCACUUUUAAGUACAUGCCUCUACCUUGCUGAAGUUUCCCUUUUAAGGCCGAUUUCCUGUUCCUCUCUGCAACCAAACUACCUGGGUAACUGGUUGAUGAUAAAUGCCCAAGCCUAACCCUCCAUUCCACUGAGCGAUGUCUCUGGAGUGGAGAGACACAGAGAGAGAGAGAGAGAGAGAGAGAGAUCUGGAGUCGAGAGAGAGAGAGAGAGAGAGAGAGAGAUCUGGAGUCUUCACUGCACUCCUGGGCUGUUGGAUUCACAGUGGCAGUUUAAAGCUGCCAUUCUUGAGGGGUUUGGGAUGUCUGGAGCUCAGUGGUAGCAAGCAUGGACCCUGGGGUUUGGAAGCCCUGGGUGUGAGCCCGGCAGCACAUGGAAAAUUAAGCUACUGAUCUGUAUCUCGUGUGUUCAGGCACUUGGCCUGGGCAGACUUGAUGCAGUCAAGUUAAUUGGGCGGUCUCAAGAUCUGGCCACUUGAUUGGCCUCCUCAAGUUAUUCUCCUAAAGGAACUCUGAAAAUUCCAUUUCCUUUCGAUCCACCUUGGUGUAUUUUAGAGAUAAGUUAGAAGCCUCAAGUUCUUAGGUGGCGCUGUAGCUUCUACACGACAAUGUUUAGAGUCUUGGAGAACGAGCUCUUUCCCACCACCUCCCACCCCGAUUUGAUUUUAUUUUAAUAAAGUGGUUCACAGUAAUUUACCGUGUUCAGUAUUCCCACACCAAUCCCACCACCAUGACACCUUCCCACUGCCUUUAGCUACCCUCCCUACCACCCAAGUCUCAUGUGAAGUGAGCAGCCUCCUGCAUGGAGAACAAGUUCUUUCAACGGGGUUUUAGUAGAUAAAAUAGUUCCUCUUACCAAGUUCUUUCAACAGGGUUUUAGUAGAUAACAUAGUUCCUCUUACAGAAAAAAAAAAACACAACACUAUGUUUUGGAGGGUUUAGAAGGAACUACUGUAGUGACUCUCACUUGCUUCUUGGAAUCUGACCACUUGGCUGUCUCAUAAAUCUUCAAGGCAUUUUGUUGACUAGUGAAGCACUGAUUAGCCUCUAUUUCUUGCAUUUCUAAUUUUAGACAAGUAUAGAAACUGUCUGUGUAGUUCGGUAGUUGUGUCUAUAUUGGCAUAUUUAUCCCAAGGGCCCUGAGAUACGCUUGACAGGGCUCAAAAAGCUAAAUUCCCAGUCCUAGAGAAAGAAUCAAAAAGCUGUCACCUGAUAUAGAUGCUGAGCUUCCUCACCUGCAGAAAUGUCUGCAGAAAAUCAGCCAUCUAGAAGCUACAAUGUAAAUGUCUAAGAUGUCAGACCCAAAACACCUCCUCAGUCUCCCCACUCAGUGCCAGAACAGAAGGCACUGGGCCGUAGGACAGGUGGGACGUUGCAAAGGGGGAGCUGGAAAGUAAAGUCAAGUUGCUUUCCUUGUCUGGCAUUUCCCAGGCACGAGGGCAUCCUCCUGGUAGGAUGCGGCGUUUCUGCUGAGAAAGAUCUCGUCUAAGGACCAGCACUUUGCAAAGUUGGAUGGCGGGGUCCACCCUGUCCUCCCUACUCCACAUCUGGCCUCUGCCAGCAGGGUCUCUCCAGUUUGGCCUGUUUGAGUGAAUCGCACAGAUACAUUCUGUCUCUCGGAUAUGUUUUGGCUGUGUUUCGUGUUUCGGUCGUUUGGGGUUUGUUUUUGGUUCUGUUUCAGUGCCAGGGAAUCCAACCCAGAACCUCAUGCUUGGAAGGCUGCCACUCUCCCGUCGGGCUCCCCCCUCAGCCCAAAGCACUCUCUGAUGUGAAAUUCAAUCAAUUUUCUCCAAGUUGAGAGCAUCCUGGAUCCUCGGCCAUGGUCAGUGUUGAUGGCAAACUGAGUCAGAUCUCUGAACCCACAGUGUCAAGGACAUUUGUCGUGGCUUCACUCAAGCAAGCCAGCAGGCCCCUUGCACUUGGUUCCGUGUCUCCGAUCCACAGUGCUCCACAGCCACACUUGGUCCUCCUGUGUGAACUCUUUUUUUUUUUUCCUGCCCUGGGUCUGUGAUUUGGUCAGUGCCUACAGAGAAAUGUAAAUUCAAGCAUUUGCUAUGUUGAUGACGUUUGUUUCUAAAAUAAAAUUAGAAGUGCAGCACUUUUAA